GCAGGUACCAAUAUUCAGAAGUAAUAAAAUGGCCAAGUGUGAUAUGUAAAAAUUCAGCUAAUCCCUAAGUUCCGAAUUUACUAUGUUCGAAAAUGGAUAAAUAUCUAGACUUUCGUUAAAAGAGCGCGCUAUGUAUAGUUUUGUUUAAGAAGUGUCCGUGUUAUAAAUUCGCAACAAUAAUAAUAAUGUCUUCUGAUAAAAUAAAAGUUGCCGUCAGGGUCCGUCCUUUCAAUAGGAGAGAGUUGGAAAUGCUAACGCCAUGUGUUGUGGAAAUGAAUAAACAACAAACAAUUUUACAUCAAUCUCUGGGAUUGGAUAAGAUAGACAGAAAACAGCCAAAGAGUUUCGCCUUCGAUCAUUGUUUCGAUUCUGUCGACCCUUACAGGGACAACUACGCUUCCCAAGAUGUGGUAUUUGACUGUCUAGGACGUGAUAUUUUAGAUAAUGCUUUUCAAGGAUACAACGCUUGUAUCUUUGCCUAUGGCCAAACUGGUUCAGGUAAAUCAUAUACAAUGAUGGGUGCUCAAGACAACAAGGGAAUUAUUCCCCGUCUGUGUGACAGUUUAUUUGACCUUAUAGCAAAAAGACAAAAUUCUGAACUUUCGUAUAAAGUAGAAGUUAGUUAUAUGGAAAUUUACAAUGAAAAGGUGCAUGAUUUAUUAGAUCCGAAAACAACUAAACAGUCUUUAAAAGUUAGAGAACACAAUGUGUUGGGGCCUUAUGUUGAUGGUUUAUCACAGUUAGCUGUUACAUCCUUUCAAGAUAUUGACAAUUUGAUGGCGGAAGGCAAUAAAUCUAGAACAGUGGCAGCAACGAAUAUGAACAGUGAAUCUUCCAGGUCGCACGCAGUUUUUUCCGUAAUUUUAACGCAAACUUUAACUGAUAAUAAAUCAGGUGUAUCGGGUGAAAAAGUGAGCCGAAUGUCUCUUGUAGAUCUUGCGGGCUCUGAGAGGGCUGUGAAAACUGGAGCUGUUGGUGAACGACUUAAAGAAGGUUCUAAUAUUAACAAAUCGUUAACCACUUUGGGACUAGUCAUAUCUAAAUUAGCCGAUCAGUCUUUGGGGAAAAAUAAAGAUAAAUUUGUGCCAUAUCGUGAUUCUGUGUUAACGUGGUUAUUAAAAGAUAACUUGGGUGGUAACAGUAAGACUGUUAUGGUUGCCACUAUUUCUCCAGCUGCCGAUAACUACGAGGAAACGUUAUCCACACUAAGAUACGCAGACAGAGCUAAAAGAAUUGUUAAUCACGCUGUUAUCAAUGAAGAUCCAAAUGCGAGAAUUAUUAGGGAAUUACGCCAAGAAGUCGAAGCAUUAAAGGAGAUGUUAAAACAUGCAACUGGAUCGCCCGAUAUAUACAAAAAACUGACCGAAAGUGAGAAACUGUACAAAGAGAUGUCCCAGACUUGGGAAGAAAAAUUAGAGAAAACGGAACGGAUACAGGGCGAACGACAGCAGGCAUUAGAAAAAAUGGGGAUUAGUGUCCAAGAUUCGGGUAUUAAAGUAGAAAAGAAUAAAUUUUAUUUAGUAAAUCUGAACGCCGAUCCGUCAUUGAACGAGCUGUUAGUGUACUAUUUGAAGGAAAAGACAGUAGUUGGUGGGAAAGGAGCCGAUAUUCAAUUGUCGGGGUUGGGAAUACAACCGGAACAUUGCAUUAUAACUAUAGAAGAUGGAAACUUGUUUAUGAAACCUCUAUCUAAUGCACGCUCAUUUAUAAAUGGAUCUCAAGUUACGGAGCGAACGCAACUUCAAAAUGGGGAUCGGAUUGUUUGGGGUAAUCACCAUUUCUUUCGGAUUAAUUGUCCAAAGGCUAUUGCUUCAACAUCUGAACCUCAAACUCCCGCACAGAAUAUAGAUUACAACUUUGCUCGUGAGGAAUUAAUGCUGAACGAGCUAAGUAAUGAUCCGAUUCAAGCUGCGAUUUCAAGGUUAGAAAGGCAACACGUUGAAGACAAACAAGUUGCCUUAGAGAAACAGCGGCAAGAAUAUGAGCGUCAAUUUCAACAGUUACGUAACAUUAUGUCACCAUCGACUCCUUAUCCACCUUACUCAUAUGAUCCUUUAAGAUUUGGCAAAACGACGCCUUGUACCCCGACGACACAGAUGCGAGUGGAGAAGUGGGCUCAAGAACGUGAUGAGAUGUUUAAGCGGAGCAUAGGCCAGUUGAAAGCCGACAUAUUAAGGGCGAAUACAUUGGUUAAAGAAGCGAACGUGCUUGCGGAAGAGGUUGGAAAACAGACAAAGUUUAGCGUUACUCUUCAAAUACCUCCCGCAAAUUUAAGCCCCAACAGAAAGAAAGGUGCGUUCGUCAGUGAACCGGCUAUUUUAGUGAAAAGAAUCAACGCCCCUAGCCAAGUGUGGAGUAUGGAAAAAUUAGAAAACAAAUUGAUCGAUAUGAGGGAGAUGUACGAUGAGCGACGGGAAAAGGGAAUUAUGUUGGAAGACCCGGCGACGUUGAAUAUUAUCGAUCCGUUUUACGAAUCUCAGGAGAACCAUAACUUGAUUGGAGUGGCGAAUAUAUUUCUGGAGGCGCUGUUUCACGAUGUAAAAUUAGAUUAUCACACACCGAUUAUUAGUCAGCAAGGGGAAGUUGCUGGUAGAUUGCAGGUUGAAUUAAGUAGAGUCGCGGGCGUGCUUCCGCAGGAUCGAGUAUGCGAAGCGGGUUCGGACAAUUCGUGUGAUAGUAGCCAAGAUGAAGAGGAAAGCUGUAGCGGAACAAACGUGACAUGUCGUGUACAUAUUAAACAAGCGGCAGGUUUACCAUUGUCACUGUCUAACUUUGUGUUUUGCCAGUAUAGCUUUUGGAAUCAUCCGGAUCCGAUUGUUGUUGCUCCGACGGUUCCAGAGCUGCAUCAAAAUGUCCAUCAAGUUGGACAAAAGGUUUCGAUGUCUUUUAAAUUUGACGACAUUAAGGAUUUUACUGUUCCUAUUAAUGAAGAAUUUUUAGAACAUUGCGCAGAGGGUGCUCUGUCUAUCGAAGUGUGGGGACAUAGAAGUGCGGGGUUUUCAAGAACAAAACCGGGGUGGGAGGUAGAGCAGCAGCAACUUGCCAAAGCAAGAUCGUUAGCAGACAGAUGGUCGGAAUUAACCAGGAAAAUAGAGUUGUGGGUUGAAAUACAGGAACUUAAUGAUCAAGGGGAGUACAGUUCAGUGGAAGUGAGUAAUAAAGGGGAUGUGUUAACGGGUGGCGUGUACCAACUUCGACAAGGUCAGCAAAGACGAAUACAGGUCAGAGUGAAACCGGUCCAAAAUUCUGGCACACUCCCCAUAAUAUGCCAGUCUAUUAUCAAAGUGGAAGUGGGAAGCGUUUUGGUAAGAUCGCGCCUACAAAAACCGCUAGAUUCGUACCAAGAUGAAGAUCUUGCUACGUUACGGGAAAGAUGGAGUGAAGCCUUGAUGAGGCGCCGUCAGUACUUAGAGCAGCAAAUAAAAAAAUUAAUAGAUAAGUUAGAUAAAACCGAACAAGACAUUGAAAGAGAGCAAAGCUUAGUCGAUCAGUGGGUAAAUUUGACUGAAGAACGAAAUGCAGUUUUGGUCCCAGCUGCCGGUUCCGGAAUACCUGGAGCACCUGCUGUGUGGGAACCACCAUUAGGAAUGGAACCAUAUGUACCUGUGCUGUUCUUGGAUCUUAACGCUGACGAUCUAUCAACACAUCAGUCAGGGGAAGAAGUGUCAAUAACGGGUCACAACUCUAUACUUCCGAAAGAGAUUGGCAGUAAAUUUUAUAGCUUACACAUUCUACAACAUUUGGAAAAAGACGUUUGCGCCGUCGCUUCUUGGGAUUCCUCAAUUCAUGACAGUAACCAUCUCAACAAGAUAACAGAACGUAAGUUUUAUUCUUCUAUUUCGACCAUACAAAAUAACUGUAUUUCAGCAAAUGACAGAGUAUACCUUAUCCUUAAAACCAUUGUAAGGUUAUCCCAUCCUGCCCCAAUGGACUUGGUGCUCCGAAAGCGUCUCUCCAUCAACAUAUACAAACGGCAAAGUAUUACGGAUCGCAUUAAAAGAAAUUUUGUUCGUUCUCACGUACUGACCCAGUCUGGGGUGACUUACGAGGUAGUUUCAAAUAUACCCAAAGCUAGUGAGGAAUUAGAAGAUAGGGAGUCUUUGGCACAAAUAGCCGCUUCUGGGGAAGACACUUCUUUAUGCGAUGGCGAAACUUACAUAGAAAAAUAUACGCGUGGCGUUAGCGCUGUUGAAAGUAUAUUAACGUUGGAUCGUCUCAGACAGAGUGUUGCGGUUAAGGAACUCUUACAAGCGAAGGGACAACCACUGAUGCGGAAAACGGCCAGUGUUCCCAACUUCUCACAGUUGAUGAGAUUGGACCUAAGCACCGAAUCGUUAAACAUUCCACGUUCAGAAAGUGUAACAGAUUUGAAUAGCGAACCAUUAGGUGGGUUACCUCUUCGCACGCGCAGCAGCUUUGGCAAAGAUCCCGAUGCUACACCACCGAAACCGUUUGGCCUCGGCUCCAUUCUGACAGCUCGACCGACCUUCUUAAACUUAGGUUUGAAUCUGAAUUCGCUGCGAUUGCAGCAGCCAAGUGGAACAGUGAAACUAGGAAUGACAUCGCCCGCGAAUCCGAAACUGGGAUUGCGAAUGACAACGUUACACGAAGAACAGCUUCCUCUCCCAAGAAAGCAUUCUCUCGAGUUAAUUACAGAUGAAAGUUGUGAGGAAAAAUACAACUACAUCGAAGAUGGCAAUACGAGAUAUAUGGGGUCAAAUAAAUCUGUAUCAAAUGGAAGGAAAACUUUACCGACAUCGAGAACAUUGGAUUCGUUGGUUGAAUUAGCUCCGAAGACCAGUACACCAUCUGCCAGCUCAAGCGGUUAUGGCUCUCAAGCGGUAUCAUCUACAAAUCUAUCCAGCGAGGACUCAAUGUCUUUGCGAAGCAUAAGUGUAGAUGACACUCCAGAUUUUGAAAGCCGUCCUCCAUUAACUAUCGAUUUAAAACCGGUCACAGAAGUAGUUGAUGUUAAUGCAGAUGAAGAACAAUUUGAUAAUGAGAGUGAAAUUCAUUACAACAAAUUGAAUGAACCACAAAAUUGCGAUGACAGCUUAUUAAACGAAUCAAAUCACCAUGGAACAUCCGGCGUGCUAUCUGACAACACAUCUGAUUCCCCAUCAGAAAAUGGUGUGUACAAAACGAACAUGAUACCUGGCAAGGUGACGCGUCGGCGGAAAUCCAAUCCGAAACCUCACCAUUUAACUCAGCAGCAGAGAGCUUCUUUUCCUCAGGCCCGUCCACUAUUGUCCGAAAGUAAAGCGGCGCAACAUCAAUUAGAACAGAACGUUACGUUAACGAAUAACGAUGAAAGUUUACACAAUUUUGCGGAUAGAUUAGAAGAAGAUCGUGACAAUAAUUUCGGUUCCCGUCCUGAUCUUAACAAAUUGGCAGAUGUACCCGUCCCCGAUUGGGUCGUUAUAGGGGAAAGUGUGCUCAUUCGUCCAUACAAUUCGUCGGGGGUAGUUGCUUAUAUAGGCCCAACGGAUUUUGCAAGCGGAACAUGGGUUGGUGUUGAAUUAGAUGCACCAAAAGGGAAGAACGACGGUUCUGUACAAGGAAUCCAUUAUUUCACCUGUCGUCCCAAACAUGGUAUGUUCGUUCGUGCGGACAAACUAAUCUUGGAUAGAAGAGGGCGUGCGAUGCGAAUGUACAAGGCCGAAUCGCAGAAUAACUCCUCACGAAGUGAUAAGUUGCCACGUUCCCGUUCUAAGGGCGACUGUUUAAAUAUCGUAGGUACACGGUCAAAUUCUAAGGCGAAAUAAGCUUCUACCUCAUUACUACGCCCCUCCAAAAUUCCACCCGUUGCUUUCUUUUUAAGAUGUAUUUUAAUACACACACGUGAUUGUGUAGCUGUGCCGUCCAUAUGCAUGUGGCAUAGAAAAGUUUCCGUUAUUCUUUGUCAAGAGAUUUCGAUCAUUUCUAUUAGCAAUAUUUUUAGUGAAUGGAAUCGUUUUGUACAUUAAGUUAUCGCACUCAAAAGUAUGUGGAUCUCACUAUAACGACAUACUUCAGUGUCUAUUGUAGAAAAUUUGUGCAAAAGUCGAGAUGUGUAUUAAUAUUUGGCGCAAUACUCUUCGUUGUGCGUUUUUCUGUUUAGACAGUCUUAAUACCUUAUCAAUGAUGAUUUUACUAGGGAUACAUAGAAAGUUUUGAAACCUGAACCACCAGUUUGAUUUCGUCCAGUAUUAAUUGAACUCAAAAUUAUCGCCCAAGACAAUUAUCGAGAUGUUACGUUUUUAGGAAAUGACCAGUUUUUGUAUUUCUUACAACGACAUUCUCUAAUCUUUCUGUGAUAUUUGAGUUGCAUCCUUUAUUUUCUAAACAUAUCUUGGGCAGCAUUAAAAGUGGUUUAGUGACAACAGUUUAAUUGCGUUUGCGUUUUAAAAUGUGCUGUAUAGUAGUAGAAAGUAGUUGGUUUUACAUAGAUUUUAGAAGCUAAGGUGAUAUAAAGGUAUUUAAAUACUUCUAUGUGUGUUUGUAGACGAUAAGUAUAUUAUGGUAGCUUUUUAUUGUUUAUUAAAAAAUGUUCUAUUUUAUUAAUUUACAUUCCCAUUGUAAAGUUGUAUAUUUUUGGAACUCGAUCUAGUCCUAUAUAUUCGUUUAUGCUCAGUGAUUACGUUUAUUUUGUUAUUAAGAUCUAUAUUCACAUUUUUCAUCUGACAUCACUAAAACGUGCGCGUCUUGCCUGUAAAUUUGAACAAGUAAUUCACAUACAUUUGUCCAUUAAAACAAUUUCUGUCCAGUUCUCAAUAAUACAACAUUAAAUAAUUAUGUAAGUGCAGUUAUCUUAAAAAUUGGUGUAUAAAAUUAUCUUAUAAGUAAGGAUAAGCUGCACACAUUUACCAUAUUCCUCUACAAUCACUUUUUAAUGAGAAUGGUGGAACCGUAAUUGUACUCUGUGUCACAUAAGUAGUAAAAUAUGUGCAAAUGUUAGUCAUUAGAAUGUAAUGUACAAUAAAGAUACACUAGCUUA